GUACACAGCGGGGUUCUUGAUAUAGAGGAUCUUUUACUAGUUUUUUUGAAGUAGCUCCCUAAAAACAGCAUAGCUGUUUGUUAUUGUCUAACAAAAUGUUCUUAUUUUCUGUAAACAAACAUGAACAGCUGCAGUUACAAAGCAUCGUUCGCUCGGCAUUUGAUUGCUUUUCCUUGGUGUGAAAGGCAGGCGUGGCGAAUCUAUCGCUGAUGCAACACACUGACAGAGUCCAUCGGCCGGUUUCAUUCACUCUUCUAUGCGCUUAGCUCUGAGUCGUUUGACACCAUGACAGAUCAGCUAAGCCCUGAUGAGAAGCUGCACCUCAUCACCAGGAACCUGCAGGAGGUCCUUGGAGAAGAGAAGCUGAAGCAGAUUCUUCAGGAGAGGGAGCUGAAGAUCUACUGGGGAACGGCGACCACUGGCAAACCGCACGUGGCUUACUUUGUUCCCAUGUCUAAAAUAGCUGACUUCCUGAAAGCUGGAUGUGAGGUCACCAUUCUGUUUGCAGACUUGCACGCCUUCCUGGACAACAUGAAGGCACCCUGGGACCUGCUGGAGCUUCGUGUGAAGUACUACGAAGAGGUUAUUAAGGCCAUGUUGGAGAGCAUUGGCGUACCCUUGGAGAAACUCAAAUUUGUUAAAGGAACCGACUACCAGCUCAGCAGAGAAUACACUCUGGAUGUCUACCGCCUGUCCUCCAUGGUGACGGAGCAUGAUGCCAAGAAAGCUGGAGCUGAGGUGGUCAAACAGGUGGAACAUCCUCUGCUGAGUGGUCUGCUGUAUCCAGGACUACAGGCUCUGGAUGAGGAGUACCUGAAGGUGGAUGCUCAGUUUGGAGGAGUGGACCAGAGGAAGAUCUUCACUCUUGCGGAGAAGUACCUUCCCUCUCUGGGUUAUGCCAAGCGCUCUCACCUGAUGAACCCCAUGGUUCCAGGACUGACAGGUGCCAAGAUGAGCUCCUCAGAAGAAGAGUCAAAGAUCGACCUACUGGACUCCAAGGAAGACUUGAAGAAGAAGCUGAAAAAGGCUUUCUGUGAGCCGGGAAACAUCCAGAACAACGGCGUUCUCUCCUUUGUUAGAUUCGUGCUCUUCCCUCUUCGUGGAGAUUUCUCCAUCAAAAGAGACGCCAAGUGGGGUGGAGACAAAGUCUACACUGCUUUUGAAGAGGUGGAGAAGGACUUUGCUGAGGAGCGGAUUCACCCUGGAGACCUGAAGGCCUCUGUGGAGGCGGCCCUCAACGGGCUGCUGGAGCCAAUCAGGAAGAAGUUUGAGUCUGCCGAACUCCGCAAACUUACCAACACCGCCUACCCCGACACUUUGAAGACGAAAGGAUCAGGAAAGGGGGCCAAGGUAGGAGGAGGUGGCGCAGGAGAUGAAGAGGAGCUGGUGCCGUCCAAACUGGAUAUCCGGGUGGGGAAGAUUGUCAGUGUGGAGAAGCAUCCAGAUGCUGACUCGCUUUUCCUGGAGAAGAUCGACGUCGGAGAGGCGCAGCCCAGGACGGUCGUCAGCGGGCUGGUGGCCUACGUCUCCCAGGAGGACCUGCAGGACAGAUCGGUGCUGGUGCUGUGUAACCUUAAACCCCAGAAGAUGCGCGGGAUCGAGUCUCAAGCCAUGCUGCUUUGUGCCUCCAUUGAAGGAGAGCCCAGGAGAGUGGAACCACUUGACCCUCCUGAGGGUUCAUCACCAGGGGAGCGGGUCUUUGUGGAAGGAUACGAGGCGGGCAAACCAGAGGACAGACUCAACCCAAAGAAGAAAGUGUGGGAGAAACUACAAGUGGACCUGAAGAUCUCAGACGAGCAUGCAGCUCAGUGGAAAGACAAACCACUGAUGACCAAACUCGGACAGAUCACUUGUAAGACUCUGAAAGGAGGCAACAUCAGUUAGAUGAAAACCCCAAAAACAAGGACCUCUACGCAGUGACAUUUGUUGGUGUUAGCAGAUCCUUCACCUCUGAAAUCUCUGUACAGAAACACUGAUGUGACUGCUACCUACCUCUGGGGGGCACCCUCAAACUAUUUACAGCCCAUAUGUACACUAGUUUAUCCUGAGGGGCGUAGAGUUGGGUAGAUGCUUAGAAAAAUACUCCAGAAUAAAGUUUAUCAUAAAGUGUGAGCUACUGAUUUGCAUAAAUACAUUUGGAAGGCCAUUACAGGCUAAGGCUUUUGAAGUCUUGAGUGUCUUUAAUGGCGUCCCUUGAUUGCAGUCUUGCUUCUAGGCUUUGCUUGUUCCUGCGGCUCAUCUUGGCAAAUUACCGCAAAGUGCUUUCAAAACAGUGUUUCAAUUGUGUCUGCAGUCACUCUUGUUGCUAGAGAGGGAGAAACAAGAAGAGUUUAGAUGCAAUGACAUCACUGUAAUACAGUUAGAAGAGACCUAAUGAGUAUGGGGCUAAUCUAAUUCAGAUAUUUUGGCUCCUUACUCGUCUCCGGUAGUGCAAUUCCCUUGGAAUGUUGUUGUGCAUCACUAGUGGCAACAUUGGGCUGCUGUGAAAAACUGACGCUGCUGUGAGAUGGUUUCCUUGCGACUGUUGGAGGGACCCUGUCAGACUUCACCCAGUUUGUUUGCUCAGAAAACGGUGACUGGUCUUCAAGAGCCCUUUUGGUGCUCCUGGAGAAGAUGAAGCUAGCAGUAGACGUGUGGGACCUCUGCGUGUCAUAUGCUUUACAGGAUUUAAGGGCCAAAAUCCCUGGUUCGUUGGCACAGUGAUACGAUGACCUCAUCCCCAGCCGGCAUGGAAGACUCUCUCUAGAUGACAGGGCUGCAGUUUUUAUACGAAUGGCUUCUUGUAAUCGCAUGGAAGGGGUGCUGGGUGUCACAGAUGUUUUCACCACUUGAGGGGGGGAUAUUAGUGACUUACGGAUGGGCUUUUGUGGAGUGCUUUGCUGUCUGCAAAUGUCUUCAACUCCAUUUGUUGACUUGUCCUCCGUGAGCGCUGCCUCACUGUCCUCAGUUGUGCUGACUGAUCUGAGACGGACCAUCUGAAGUAAAGAGGGGGUGACAAGUGGUAUGUUUGCAUCCUCUUUGGGAAUAGGUACACUUUUGUGGCGAGCUAGCAGCUCCUUGCUCCUGUUGUCUCUGUGUGCAUUACUGGGUGGCCUUCGGAAGGCAACCCCAGCUGUAAGGUUCUCCAUUGGUGAAGGGGAUGGAACUGGAGAAGGCAGUCGGGCAGUGAUGGAAGGUUCAGUAGUUGAGUGGAUUUCAAAAUCAAGAGAGUAGCGCUUGAGGAAACUGCUGGAAGAAACUAUUGUGGAUGGUGGACUAAUGGAUGAAGAUGGUAGACAAGAUGACACGGUGUCUGCAUCAUUCUUGUCACAAACUACAACAGGGUGCAAGACAAGAUCGAGUGGUUCAGAUGUCUCUCCUUCACUUGUGUCCUGAAUCAACUUCACAAAUUCCUCCACAGGCGGAAUUGUUGCGUCCAGAGCAUCCGUCUCUGUGAUGGACCUCUCCAUCACAGCUGAAACAUUGUCCACCACGUCAGGCGGCGGCGGAAGAGGAAAGUCCAACUCAUCCCCUCCAUCAAAGAUAGAAUCUCCCUCUAAAGGAGGUGGAGGAGGUGGCCAAGAGGAUUCCAUGGUGUUGGUCUCUUCCUGUAUUCUGUCUAAAUCAACAGGUGAUACAGAGAUGGGAGGUGACUUUCUCAAUGGAGGAGGUGUUGGCUGAUGAUCAGGUGGAGGAGAAGGUGGUGGUGACACCUCAUGAAUCACUUGCGAAUCUAUAGAAGUCACUGGGCCUUCAUUUGAGCCUAUCUCAGUCUCAUCAACUGAGGUAUCUAGUGUAGACUCUGUCAACACCACAUCAUCUUUCUGCAGUAUUGUCUGUGGUUUCUUCAUCGCACGAGGUGGUUCUGUCUUUUCACAACUACCGGAGUCCUUCACUGUGGGGCUACAACUCUCUUGACUUUGUACUUCUGCUAUUGUUUCAACGCUUUCCUCAGUUGCAAACGUCUCUUGUUCUGUAACUGUACAGUUUUGAUCCUCACGGGCCUCCCCACCAAGGAUCUCUGCCAAUUUCUCAACUUGAGAAUUUCCUUCUGAUGAUUCGUCGGACUGUGGAUCUUCAUUUUUUGUUUGACGGUCUUCAUGUUUCGCCGCGCUCUCCUGUAUCGGUGUUGAUUCUUUCAAUACUUGGCUGACUUUGAGGCUUGGACCACACAGGAGCUCAAUGGUCAGACUGUUCUGAGCCCAUGUCUCAGGGGGAGGAGGACACGGUGCUUUGACUUUGGGAGGUGGUGGGACAUUUAACAGCUCUCUGACUUCAAUUGUCAAAUUCGGAGUGGGUUCUUUGGCAGAAAUUGGGGUCAGACUGCUAGUGCAAGAAACAUCUGAGUUGACAGGUUCUGAUGUACCAGAUGACAAAGAGGUAAGUGACGAGGAAGGAGAAGCUGAGGAUGAGGCUCGAGACAUGGCUCUCUCAGGCUUAAGUGGUUUCUUCUUGUGUUUAUCUGGAGAGUUUGGGGAGAUCUCCUUUGGGGAAAGUGUUGGGGUGCCACUCUGACUGGAGUAUCCACUGGAAGGUGACAUGGUGCGUUCAAAUUUCUCACCUUCUGAUGGAGUUUUCUGUGGGGAGGAUCUGUUGAUUUCUGACAAAGACUUUUGAGCCUCACCAGCAGAAGUAUCUGCAAGGUUUGGAGGACUAUUUGAUACAGGGUUUGGGAUUUUAUUUGUUUCUGAUUUUAGUUGAUCUGUUGAUGCUGUGUCUCCUGUGGUAGUUGCUAUCUUUUGGGAAGCAGUGUCAUCUUUGUUAUCCAACUGAAUCUUUGUAUUGAUCCUGAUCUUAUUGGAAUGAAGGGAGUUGGAUCUUUGUGGAGGUGCUGGAGGUUGCUUUGUCUUGAUGAUUGAAAGACUUCGGGUGGAAUUGCGUUUUAUCUUUGUGUCAUUCUUAGGCUGUGGGUUGUUGUUUGUUUCCCUGUUUCUGCUAGUGAGAUCGCCUUGGUUGUGAAGGCUGGCAAAUUCUUGGUCCCCUGUAGAAUCCAUUUGACUCUCCUGCACUUUGAUAUCCACUUCCUGUGAGUUACAGACCUCCGUUGUAAAGUUGUUGUAAGAAUUGUUUUUGUGAGAACCAUCUGAGCUUCUAGAAAGCAAAGGGCUGACCGAUGAGUCCAAGGAUGCUAGGCUACUUUUGCUAGCUGCAUGAACACUCCCGCUGUUGUUGACACCAUUGCCUCUUGUUUGGCUGCUGCGGUCUAUCUCGAUAACUUCAAUCGAGGCUGGCAACACCGCAUUUGGGAUGAUUGUAGAUAGAUAGGUAGCCUGGGGAGAUAUGGACAUUACUGGACCCUGUGGAAAGAAAUCAGGUUAUUGCAUGAAGAAGGGCACCUCGGACUACAUUUUUUGUUGUUUUCUUACCUGGGGCUCCAAGAGGAAGCUACCCAUUGAAGGAUUAAAGGAAGUGAAGGUACUCAUGCCAGGAACCGCAACAGACAUGGGUCUGAGGACAGACGAGCGGUAACAAUGGGAUUCAAAUACUUGAUGGUGUAAGGGAUCCUCAUCUUUGUACACUUCCUGGAGAUGCUUCCUCAUUUGCUGCUUUUCCGUUACCUGCUUUGGAGUUGAAAAAUGAGUCUCAUCCAUAAGAAGACCGAACUGAAAUGGUUGUGUAUGUUAAUCACAUACUGUACCUCCAGCUUUGAAAGGUGCACCCUCGCUCCGUCCUUGGUCACUACUGGAGUCCCCCCUUCAACAGUUGGAAUGACACAAACACCCGAUUGGUUGUUGUUAUUGGUAGAAACAACCUGUUGGAAGGUGGAACUUCUGUGCAAUGCUGGGAAAAGGGUAGAUUUUGAAUAGUGCAUUAUGUAUGGUAUUGGAUCCAGGAUGACUGUUGACUUACCGAGUUCUUUCUGAACCUGAUUGGGAAUACCCAUGAUGGUUGUCCUCCUGUUCCUCUUCUUGUUCUUAUCUAACCUUUUCACUGGAUUCAAAGGCUUGAAUGUCGAACCUUAAGAAGGAGACAAUUCACUAAAGAACUUAAAGACAUAAUGUUUCCUUUAACAGCGAUACCAUACCUUGGCGAGUGAGCCCGGGUCUGGUCAGGACAGCACAUGUCGUUGAGGUAUCUGUAAUCCCUGAGUUGGAUUUCCACUCCAGUGAGCCCUCCACAUCCUUGGAGUUAAGAUCCUGUUCCGGAUGUGCAGUGUCUGAUGACUGUGGGGCGCACACACACACACUCAACACACUCAACAGUAGAAGAGGAGGAAUAUUUACGACAUUUCUCCAUUGACAAACUUACAGCAAUGCUUUCAUCUUCAGCAAAGUUCACUCCGCUCUCAUGCUCUGUGGUAAGCAAAGCCACAGUAAGCAUAAACAACAAACAGGAUACUGUAAAUGCAAAAGAAUUCAAUUUACCUUCCUUCUGUUGUAUCUUCAAGCCCUCCUGAGCCUCCGAGUGGAGGUCCUCCAGGUACUGGGGCCUGCUGCCCUCAAUGAACACAUUCUCCUGGAAGUGUUGUGAGGCCGAGUAGUGGACUGACAACCUCUUCUGCUCAUCAUUGGCCUUGGUGCAAGCUGUUAAGAAAGGGAUACUCAGACCAGGUACACUAGACGUCCACAAGCUUCAUGGAGUACAGGCUUCCCUACACAUCUUAAAUAAAACCCGAAGCUCUGCCAAGUGUCCAUCAGUGUGCUACACACGUGAGUUCUGAUGAUCAUUUUGUUUUUCUUCAGUGAAUAGGCUAGCCUAGCAUGAUUGAUUUGAUGUAUAACAUCUACUAUGUUGGUGCUUUGUGGAGAAACACAAUGUUGGUCACAGAUGUGGACAAACAGUGCAUUGGCAUUGGUUUGGGACUUCUCAGACUUAUUUAAAAUAGCUGAGUAUAACAUGGGACAUAGGUUUUCCAAAAGCUGCACCCUUGUCUUGGAAACCAACACGCUACCGACUACCCAACCUGUUCAACAGGUGUCCAUUGCCAAAACUUUUAUCAGCUUUACCGCGAAACCUGUGCACCUCCACCUGUUGCGAGUCCUUCAAACUGGGAAAGCCUGGCUUAGUGCUUGACAUAAUCAAUAGUAUCUGUCAUUUUUUGCUAGUCCCUGUGAGAUUGCGGGGGUUGAUUCCGACCCCCUGUGGAAAGUCACAGCCACUUCAAGUGAACGGAAAGGCGCCAGUCUGUCGUGGAAGGGUUGAAAAUGUGCAUCCAAUCUUUGUCCAUUCAUCCAUCACCUUGCAUGACUGGAGAGAAUUCACAUGGGGAAAUGUCUGGACGCUCGCGAUCGCAUUUCUGUCCUUCUGUUAUGUUCAACACUGUGGCUCUCAGCGUCCACCAAGUUAUCUUCCACACUACACACUGGCCGUGUGAUUACUCAGAGUAGCCCCCCUCUAGCGCUUAAGAGUUGCCUGACUUAAGGGCUUUUUGUUGAUUAAGACGAUCGCCGGUAAAGCUGUUUAUCUCAUUAGAGGGGACCCCCAAAUUGACGGCAAUCCCAGUUUUUCUGGGACAUAACAAUCGAAGCAAACAUUUGCAUGAAAACACCAAAACUCACUGCUACAACCACCAGUAGAUCAAGCUAAUGUUUCACUCACCCUUGCUUUUGAAGACUGACAGCAGAGAAUGGAUGCUCUUCCUCAAAUAGACCACCAUCCCUACACCAGCCCCAUGGCGGAUCCACACACUACUGGCCCAAAAAUUGUGAGGAAACACAAGUCCUGAAAAAACUAAUCUAUGAAAAACCAAAGUUGCAUGCAUUGAUUGUAAAUGCCUCCUCUUGAUGACUAUCUGUGGAAGGACUAGAUGACAAUAAAACCUGCUCCCAGCCCAGCUGCCUUAUCCCCUGAGUCUGAUACCCCCCUCCCUCCCUCCCUCUGUUUUUCGUUACCUCCCUCUGCCGCUCUCCCUCCAUUGCAAUGCUUUAUUGUCAAAUAAAGGACCCCCGCUCACCACUCAGAUGUCAAAUGACAUCCACCCCCACGUCCACUCACUAUACUUGCUCAGUUUAUUCACUAGACACGUGUCUGUGCGUACCCCUCCCCAAGUUGAGCUCAUUAUGUUGAUAUAUUUCACAAAAGCUCACACGGUGUCCUACGUUCAGGAGGAUUUUCAACUUUUUUGCAGUCGGAAUGGAAACCAAAUCACCUCCACUUUGCAAUACUGCAAUACAAAGGAGUAUUAGCGCCGUACUGACAAAUAAUACACAAUAUUAAAAUGACAUGAAAACAGUAAUGUUACGUGAAUCAAGUCAGAUGUUUUAAGCAAAAUUAUUUGUACUAUGACAUAAUUCCCAGAACGUUAUCCUCAUAAAAUUCCCACUUCAGUCCCCCCCCCCACAGAUUCCGACAUUGGUCUCACUAGAUCGUGACUUUAUUCUUGUAAAAUUUUUUCUUGGGUAAAUUUAGUUUGUUCUGCAACUUUUUUUCUUGUAGUAUAGUGACUUUGUUUGGGUUAAAUUCUUGUAAUAUUACAACUUUCUUUCUUAUAGUAUUGUAUUGUAUUGUACUUUUUUAAUCCCACAGCAGGGAAAUUCACUUAUAGUGACUUUGCUUAGUUAAACAUAUUACUUUAUGCUUGCAGAACUGCAAAUUUGUUAUGGUAAAAUAAGUACUUCAUUCUGGGAAAGCUACACUUUUUUUCUGGUUGAAUACUGACUUUGAUGGGUGAAAAAUAUGACUUUAUUCUCCUCAAGCUACAACUUUAUUCUCGUAAAAUUAUGGCUUUAUUCUUGUUAAACUACAACUGUUUUUCUAGUACCAUGGUGACUUUGAUUAGGUUAAGUUAGGACUUUUUUCUUGUAAAAUUACAGCUUUUUUUCCCCUCCUUUUCGUAUAGUGACUUUGCUUAGUUAAAAAUACGUCUUUAUUCUUGCAAAACUACAACUUUAUUUGCAUAGUUGCAACUUUUUUUCUUGUAAAGUUGUGAUAGAUGUUGUUUAUAAACAUCGUAUAUGUAUUUAAAGACAAAUCAUUGUGUUAUUAUUAGCUGUUAGUAUUAGCAUUCCAGCAUUUUGUCUUUACAUUGUUCUUCAUGGCCCUAUUUUUCCAUUCAUUCAUUUUUUUUCAUUUAUUUUAUUUCUACAAUGUGAAAACAAGGCCUCAAAUGGCCUCCGGGCCGCACUUUGGACACCCUUAGUUCAGCAAAACAGAGGACAAGGCUUUUUUCUUCUUCUAGUGUUAACUUUAUUCUUGAAAUAACAUUUUUUAAAUUUUCCUAUAAAUUUGUGACUGUUUGGAUUUGUUUUGUAGUAACAUUUUAGUUUUUCCUUUGUAGUUUUUGGUAUUUAGCAGUGUGUCCUGGUGUGUGUUGUUACUAAUUGUAGCCGUGUCACAUAGCGUAGCAUCAUCCCCUCACGGAUGCCUUCAGCCUGGUCCACUGUGUCUCAUUAUUUUGCUGCUAGAGGCCAGUUGAGGUUGCGUCCUUGCAGUGACAAACAAAUGAUGCGCUUGUAUCACCCUGUGUUAUCCCUGCAUCACUUUCCCGCCCGUCGGUCUCUGCCAAUCUUCCCCUCCUUCACAUCUCCUCUCGUCUCGUCUGCCCUUUUAGCCCUGUAGCUGCAGAGGUCUGUUUGGACUUAUAAAUAGCUUUAACGGCGCCAUCCAUCCUGGGAGGAUGCGUGUGCGUCUGCUUAUGUUUCCUGACUCACCUCGGAUGAUAUCAAGAGGAUGAGUGUGCAUGAAGAGACUGUUUUUGAGGAUUACUUUCUGUGAGAGAAAGCCAGGCAUUUGUAGGUCAGCUGGUGGCAACAGCUUUAAACAUGGGAGUCAUGCCAGAGGAUUAGCACCUGCACCUGUCCGUCACUUUACCUUUACACGCCUUCACUCCUUCCAUCACUGUCUCUCACCUUCUUCCCGUCUGAACCUCACUUUAUUUUUCUUGCACAACCUGUGCUCUCGCUUUGUUGCUGCUUUUCUCCAUAAUGACAUCACCAGGCGCCCCCCACCCCGUUUUGAUAUUGAAUAGAAGGUCCAAAGAGACACCAUCUGGUGUUGGGGGAGAGGGCAGAGGGGAGACAUGGCUCCAAAAUGCCUUUCAUUCGACCAUUCCAUUGCAUAAUCUCAGCGCUAACGUAUGCUAAGCCUCAUUUCAACCACUGAAAAAAGUCAAAGGAGAACAAAUCAUUCUAAACAGCCAACACAAAACUACCAAUUUUAGUGCCUUUUGUCAAAACAAAUUAUUUUUACAGCACCAUAAAUCACCUUUACCAAACUUUAAUGCAGUUACAAUUAGAGGUCGUUAACCCCUUUUGUUAGAAAUGUCACUGCUGGACACGCUAAGCUAAUCACUAUGAUUUGUUGUGCCAUUACCUAUUUUUUAUUUACAUUUUUAUAUUCAAAACUCCUAGAAUGUGCUGUGAGAUAUUUAAAUUACUUAAAAUGUAUGCUUUCCUUUAAGACACCCACUAAAAGGACAUCCACUGAAUAAACAGUGGUAAAAAAAAUACAUUUUUUUUAUUGUUAAACUAGAUUAAAAUAAUGAAAAUACG